AAGAUGGCUCAGACAAACCCUCUGCCUGUUCCCAUGGGCCCAUGGAAGAGCGUUCGGAGCAGAGGCCGGGAGAACCGCCAGCCACAGCCCUGCCACCCGCCCGUCCCAGAACGGCUCCGCUCCUCUCUCCGGACGGCAGCGCUGCCCCGGGAACUGAUCUCCGCAGGGAUCACCGUGUACGACCAAGAAAACUUCCAGGGCAAGAGGAUGGAGUUCACCUCGGCCUGCCCGAACAUCAUGGAAUGCGGCUUCGACAACAUCCGCUCCCUGAAGGUGGAAUGCGGCGCCUGGGUCGGUUACGAGCACACCGGCUUCUGCGGGCAGCAGUUCAUCCUGGAGAGGGGAGAGUACCCGCGCUGGGACGCCUGGAGCGGCAGCAACGCCUACCACAUCGAGCGCCUGAUGUCCUUCCGCCCCGUCUGCUCCGCUAAUCACAAGGAAUCCAAGAUCACCAUUUUUGAGAAAGACAACUUCAUCGGCCGCCAGUGGGAGAUUGCUGAUGACUACCCCUCGCUGCAGGCCAUGGGCUGGGCCAACAACGAAGUGGGCUCCAUGAAGAUCCAGUGUGGCGCCUGGGUGUGCUACCAGUAUCCCGGGUACCGUGGCUACCAGUACGUCCUGGAGUUUGACCACCACGGUGGAGACUACAAGCACUGGAGAGAGUGGGGUUCACACGCCCAGACCUCCCAGAUCCAAUCCAUCAGGCGUGUCCAGCAGUAGCUCCUCACUUCCCAGUACAUCUCUGCAAAGGUUUCGAAAGCUCACCGGCUCCCUCUUGGUGCUAAUACUCCCCUCCCGAAAUAACCACCCCCUCUCGUACUGCCACUGCUUAUGGAACAACACUCCCAAAACGGU